AUGAUUAAUCAUUUAUACUUGGCAGUGGUGUUGGUGUCUGCGGUAAUGGACCGUGAUGACGAUAAGACACCAAUGCCAGCACAGGUUUCGGAUGGAUGGAAACUCUAUAUUGGCGACCGUAUAUUCGAGUGGAAUUCCGAGACGAAAUCCUAUGCCGAUGCAAUCAGUGUAUGUAAAGGUAACGGAGGUUGGCUUGCAACUCCGAACCACCUGGAAUUUGCACAAUUGGCCAACUCUGGAUUUCUCACUAGCCGUUCGUUUGUGAAUGGUUUCAACCAAGUUGGAUCACUAGAUUACUCGUAUUCAGCGGAUUCGCCAUAUCUCGGAAUGCAAUUCUACAACUACCUGACUCAACAGUGCAAGACCACAUGUUUUUUUGCCCCGGAAUCAAUGAUCUAUCCAUCAACUUCGAACAAAGGUGUUGCAGUGGAAGGAAACAGCGCCAACAACAUCACUCACUACGCAACAGACGUCGAUAAACAACUUCCAUUUAUCUGUCAAUUCGUUAAUGACACAGUUUCAAAGGCUCAUAUGUAUCCGACAAACACAGUGCCAACCACCGGAGGACAACUUAGAAUUUUCUUUAAAGUAGAAGAUACAGAUGAUAUCCCUGUGACUGUUCCAGAGGUGACUUGGCAAGGACUUUUUCUUGCUUUUAGUGACAAUUCUUCUGUGGACCUUUAUACUUAUUCCGUUCCAGGUGGUAUAAAUUCAAUCCCAAUCUCAUCAAGCUACAAAGCAACAGAUGGCGAAAAAAUUAAUAGUUCAACAAGUAUUGUAUAUGAACCUCCUUUACUAUCUUAUUUCUCAGUUGGUACUGGAGACAUAGUGACAAUUGUGGGUGAGAAUUUUGGAAACACUGUAACUGAUAUUCAAAUAAAGGUAGGACCAAUUCAAUGUUUAGAUAUAACGGAUUUGGAUAAUUUUGCCAUUUCUUGUCAGCUUGCUUCCUCUGUAGAUCACUUUUUCCCAAUAACUGUCAAUGUUAGUUCGAUUACUACAACAGUCUAUAGUUUACCAUAUUAUUCUCAAUCGACAAAAUCAUUUCUCCAAUUGAUAUCAUUUUCCUCAAACUAUACAAGUUCUAUCAAAUUAGCAAGAUUAAUGACAGUUGGAACUUUCAAAGCAUACAUUGGAGUAGUUACCAGCAUACCAGAGGUCAAUGAAGUUAAAUUGAUCUAUCCUUCCGUUUUUCCAGAGAAUUUCAUGGAAGGAAUUGCAUGGAACAACACUGUUGAUUCAUUUAUUUAUACAGAUGGACCAAAUAUUAGAAGUUCUACCAUACCAUAUACACGAGCUAAUAUCGACCCCGCUCUCUUAGUUGAAGGUUUGAGUUAUAAGUUUAAUAUCAACACCAUGGAGCUGACAAGUGCUAUUCAAGAUCAACAAGUAAACUGCACGACGCUGAUUAGAUAUUUUAAUCCUGUUCCAAAGUAUCGUGUUCUCAACGUACAAGGUACGACGUUCACAUUGGAUAUUGGAAACUAUGGAUCGUAUUUCAGUGUAAUCAAAGUUAUUCAACCAAACGGAAAUCCGGCAUCCGUUUCACUUACACAAUACAUCAGCCAAAGGUCUGUUAUUUUGGAGAGUCCUUUAUAUCAAAUGUCAGAGUGUAUUAUCACAGUGGAUGAUGUAGUGGCAUUGGCUCAAGAUCCUAUCCCAAUCAUCAACUCCGUCAGUAGAUAUGCUGUGAGUAGUCGCGAAACCAGCUUGAUAAUCUACGGAUAUAAUUUCCAAGGUUUCCAAAAUGCUAUAUUGGGUAGCAAUGCCCUCACUAUAGCUACUUUAAUCAAUUCGACAGCUAUUGCGGUAACAGUACCAGUAGAGGGGAAAGAUGCUAUGCUAUAUAUACAAACUCAGUAUCGUGGUGAUAAAUUUGUCAUCUAUGAAACACCAGUGUUUGUUGGUGACUACUUGACCAAUGCCACAUCUAAAUCCCAUGGAUAUGUUCAUUUCUAUAUGGUGAAUAUUUCUCCUAAUGCCAAUAUCACUUUGUACGAUGACAUUGCCAAACAAGUUAUACCAAUCUUUGAAAUCGUCUCAUCGAAUGAAACCAUUGUAAAGAUGCCUGCUGGUGAUAGACAAUACUUCCUUCACCUGUAUGUCAAUGAUAGAAUAUCGAAUGGAAUCACCUAUCAAAAUCUUCCAACUCAUUUCAAAAUCGAUUCCUAUCGAUCGGUACGAUUCCAACAACCUGGAAAUGUUACUCUGAUCGGUUCUGGAUUUUAUAAUGACUUACUUUCAAUUACUAUUGGUGGAUUGGCUUGCGAUCAAAUCUUUUUCAUAAGUACAACCGAGUUGGUGUGUAAUUACAAAGCAUCGGUGCCAAGCAAUAAAAAUGGAGAUGCUCUCACCAUUGAAAUCAAAGCAUUCCUCGAUCAAAUAGUUGUUCUUUCACAACAGAUAUUCUAUUAUAUCACAGAUUACGAGUGUCCAAACAAAUGUUCCGGUCAUGGUGAUUGCCAAAAGACAACUGGUACUUGUAUUUGUCAAUCUGGUUGGUCACUCAGAGAUUGUUCAUUCCAACAACCAGUUAAUAAACCGCAACCACCGCCUCUUCCACCAGUAACAACCGAUGAAGGAGUAACCAUUCUCUCGGGUGAAUCAUCUUUGGAUUUCAGUAUUGGACUCUAUCAUAUUCGAGAGGUAGACGACAGCGCUCAAGUACACAAUCAAGUUUCCAUGAAAAAUAUUUCUUGGCAACAACCAUCCAAUGGUACUUAUAUUGGUACUUUCAAAGAAAACAGUUGUCGUAUCCAACUGAAUGUUGACAUUAUCGUCAAUGCUACCAACCAUACAUUCGCCGGUGAAACUAUACUGCUUGAUGCCAACAGUGUGAAAUUCACAGUGAAUAUCACUCAAUGGACAUUCAAAUCACCUCUCAACACUCUGGAAAUUAUCUACAUAACAAAGGCAUCGGCAUCAAACACUGAUGAUCUAUGCACAAAUCCAGUUGAGGAAUCGGAUCAACAGCAAUCUUCGCUUAGCUACUACCAAGUUCGAACACCAAACAGUAUUCUUCAAGCUAAAUUUGCAAGUCGUCUCAUUUUGGAAUCGAGAAUCACCAAGAGCGUGGUCCGUCAACUCGACUUGAACGAUGCACUCUACAAAGAUAUUAUCAGCUCCAAAGGUGAAUAUAACCUUCUGACAGCAGUGGUUUCACCUUCAUUCUCCACCUACUGUACAAUAGAUCCAAACUAUUCACUGCUUCUAACAGGAAAUGAUGAGAAACUUACUUGCGGAGACGAAGACAAUAACAAAUGGCGACUUCCAGUCAUUGUUGUUUGCAGUGUUGUCGGUGCCACAAUCUUGGUUUUAGCCACUGUUUUCCUUGUAAAGAAGCGAUUACAAGGUCGUAGAAUUUCAGAUAUGGAUGCAAAAUCAUACGAUGAUGCUGCUAGUCAGUGUUUGACUGAUGGUGGAUACUUGGCAACGAUUCUGACUAGGGCUGAAGCAGAUUGGAUAGUCAAUGAGUUUGGUGCUUCAGCUGAAGGUUGGAUCAGUGGAUCUAACAUGCUAGACAAUGUAAACUACGAUUCUUGGCGGUAUGCAACAAACAACAAUAAUAAAGAUGAAGCCAACCUUAUCUUUUAUCAAACCACAAUCGAUCUUUGCACUACUUAUUGUCCUUGGAAUUGGGAUGAUAUGCCGAGAACACCAACCUAUGUGAACCAGACAGCUUUUUUUUACUCCAACGGUAGUGCAAUGAUGUCGGCGCGCGAUCCAACAAAUGAGUUAUAUUAUUUUUGCGAACAGAAUCCAACGCCACCAGUGUUUGUGUCUAGUGUAGUUCCUACCAGAGGCGGACAAUUAGCACUGACAAUUGACAGAGAUGAAAAACCUACAAACAUUUUAUAUGCUAUUGGAUCAUCCACAAUAGUUGUUAGCUUUUCCUACAGCUAUCCAAUCAUAAUGGUGACAAUACCGGAAGGAUCAGGAAGUAUUCAAUAUAUGCCACCAUCAAUACAAUACAUCUACCCACCAACAACAGCGAAUCAAUGGUUGACCAUAGUUGGUGAUAACUUGGGCAAUAGUACAAUGGACAAGUCGGUAUUAUUUGAAAAAACCAAUAAUGAAUGUCCCGACGUUGAAGUAUUGGUACCUCAUACUUCAAUUAGAUGUAAAGUCUCUCGUACUUAUCCUGGACGAAUUCUUCCUUUGAAACUAACCGUUGGUCAAUUACAAUAUCUAGCAUAUCAACCACCAUUUAUUUUACCAAACUUAAAACCAUGUCAAAUAGCAUAUCGUAAUAUUGGUUAUAAAAUUAUGGUCUCCAAAGUAAGUCAUCUUAAUGUAGUGGCCGAAAGAAACUCAUUUGUGUCUGUAGUGGCUGAUUCUUCAUUUGUUUUUGCAAUUCAAAAAAUCAUCAGUUCAAGCAUCUACUACCAAAAGAUGGCUCAAGGAUUAGACUUUGUGAGCUCUUCAAAAACUUGGAUCUACACCAAUGCUCCGUAUUCAGGACAAGAGGUAACACCAUAUUUGCCUGCAAAUUUUCCAACGUAUGGUCCCCCACCAAUGAUUCUAAACUACAAUAUCUCUUUGACAGUUGGUUCCCCGACUUUGCCAUACGCAGUAUUUAAUGAAUUUUAUGGACCAAAACCGAGUAUUCCCGGAAGAAUAUCACUACUUCCAACGAGUGGCGGUACACUUUCUCUUGAUUUUUCUAAUAAGGGAUUCUAUUAUAGUAAAUUUACCUGUUCCAUAGCAGGGUGCACAGUUAGCAAUCCUCGGCCAACAUCUUCUCAACUUGAUGUUACUUUCCCAGCGGGUGUCGGUACAGGUAUACCGUUUGCUGUGUUGAUCGAUGAUAUAACUUCAAACCUUUACACUUAUAGUUAUAUGCUACCCAACAUCACGUCAAUUGACCGACUUUCUCCUACUGAGAUUCAGAUCAACGGAGAAAACUUUCAUACAAACAUUUCUACCAUUAAUAUUCUUCCAGUGAACACCAUACUUACCAUAACUAUAACAUCUGCAAGUUAUAACAGAAUUGUUGCGACUAUACCUUCUAAAGUGGCUCCCGAUGCCUUAUUUGUCGAAGUUGGAGGUCAAAGAUCGAAUACGUUUGUCUACUUUGAAAAUAUUGUUAUAGACAGAUGUACAUCUAUCGAUAAAGGAGUACGUGGAAAUGUAACUAUUUUCGGAUCAAACUUUACUCCAGGCUAUUUGAAUAUUACAAUUGGCAAAACAUCUUGUACAAACAAUUAUUUUAUUAAUACAUCUCUGGUGAUUUGUGAUACUCUCUUGAACGAAGAUAUCAAUGCACAAGGCGAUGCACUUCCAAUCAACAUUAUUUCAAUGACAAGUAACAUGAACAAACUAAAUGCAACAAGAAGCAUAUUUUAUUAUACAACUAGAUUUGUUUGUCCUGGACGGACAGAAUGCAGCGGAAAUGGUAUUUGUCGUCCAAACGGUCAGUGUACAUGUGCCGAAGGGUAUACUUCUAUAGACUGCUCUCAGAAAGUGGAUGUCAUAACACCAACUCCCGUCCCAACCCCCAAUGACGAGGGUGGUGUUGUCCUUCCUUCUACCUCUGACAAGUUGAAAUUCGAGAUCAAUGUGAAGUACCUAAGAGAACUAGAGGAUAGUGUAACCAAGAAGACAUUGGACACUGCCAAUAUCAAAUGGAAAAUAGUCAAUCAGAGUGAAGAUUCGUUGGAAUAUCAUGGUGAUUUCGACAACGAUGGUUGUCAACUUCAACUGUACGUAGACAUUGUUAAAGAGAAGAAAAUCAUUGAAUUCGCUGGUGAAUAUAUUGAAUUGGCAGCAAAUUCAGUAAAGUUCCAAAUUCACGUUAGCAACUGGACAUUCUCUUCGCGUCUGAGCAUACUUCAAUUAGUUUUUGCUACCGAGAUCAACGUUGACUCGGAUUCUCUUUGUGAAGUACCAACAACAACAACCGACAAUGCAUCGUGGCUCGAAAUUAAAUCAGGAGGAACCAUUGUCUCUGCGAGAUUUGCACACUAUCUCUACAUUGACGAUAGAAUAACAAAGAGUAGCAUCAAAGUAUUGGACAACACAGACAGUCUCUAUCAGAAUAUCAACAACGGUAGCAACACCGACGAUAAAAAAGCAUUCAGACUUCUCUCGGCAGUGGAGGUUCCACAUUUCGAUAAGGGAUGUAUUGUUGAUCCAAAUUUUGGAUUGUUGGUCACUUCCGACCAAGAUAACCUAUGUGGUUCCGACAAAAACAAAUGGAAACUACCAGUCAUUGUUGUCUGCAGUGUAGUAGGUGCAAUGCUAGUCAUUACUAUCUCGGCAGUAGUCAUCAAGAAACAACUAGCCGGUAGAAGAGUAAUCGAUGUUAUUAAACUCAAGAAAAGAGGUUCUUUAUCAUCAAAUUUCGUCAUUUAA